AUGGAAAUCUUUAAGUGUAAAUAUAUUGACCAUGAAAAUGAAGAAAUAAUUGGAUUUUGCUUGAAUCAAAGUUGUUAAAAUGCAACUCAAUUUUGUUAUAAAUGUUUAAAUACUACUCAUUCAGAACAUCUCAAUGAUUGUAUAAGAUUUUCUAAGAUAAUCUAAUUUAUCAAGGAGUUUGUGCUAAAUUAAAAUAAAAAAAAGAUAUAAUUUUAAGAAAUCUCUUAACAAAUUUAGAAUUGUUCUGAAUGCAUUUUUAAGAAAAUGGAUUUAGACAUUAAAAUAUUAGAAAAAAUGACUAAACAACUUAUUGACUAAGAAUACUUGACUUUUAAGUCAUAAAUUCACAUAAUCAAACAGUUUUACUCAAAGGAAAAAGAAAAUUACAUAUGUAUAUUAUUUUAGCAAUUAUAAUAGUAUAAGAAAUAUUAUAAUUAAAUAUUAUUCUUGAAGCAAUAAAAAAGAUGAUACCUCAAGAAAUUUAAGUGGAUGAUAAAAUGUUUUCAGAAUAUUAAGAUGUAAUUAAAAUGGUAGAGAUUAAACAAGUGAGUGAUGAUGUUAAACAGUAGAAUAUUCAAGAAGCUUAUAGAAUAUUAAAUAAAGGUGUUAGUUUAUUUUAAAAUUAAUAGGUUUAGCAUUACAUAAUUUACAGAAAUACUAAGAAGCGAUUGAGUGUUACGACCAAGCAAUUUUAAUUAAUCCUACUUAUUAUACUGCAUGGAACAACAAGGGUACGUAAUUUAAGAUACUACUAUUUAGGUUUUGCUUUACAUCACUUAUAGAAAUAUUAAGAAGCCAUUGAGUGUUAUGACAAAGCUAUCUUAAUUAAUCCUAAAAGUGAUGCUGGGUGGAAUAAUAAAGGUAACAAAUUUUAAAGACUAUUAUUAGGGUUUUCAUUAAAUAAUUUAAAGAAAUACAAAAAAGCUAUUGAGUGUUGCGACAAAGCCAUUUAAAUUAAUCCUUAAAAUAAUUCUGCAUGGAGUAACAAAGGUAAGUAAUAUUUAGAAUUAUUAAUUAGGGUUUGCAUUAGAUAAAUUAUAGAAAUAUUAAGAAGCGAUUGAGUGCUAUGAAAAAGUUAUCUAAAUUAAUCCUAAAUGUGAUGUAGCAUUAAGUGAUAAGGGUAAAUAAUUUAAACUACAAUUAUNAUGGAAAUCUUUAAGUGUAAAUAUAUUGACCAUGAAAAUGAAGAAAUAAUUGGAUUUUGCUUGAAUCAAAGUUGUUAAAAUGCAACUCAAUUUUGUUAUAAAUGUUUAAAUACUACUCAUUCAGAACAUCUCAAUGAUUGUAUAAGAUUUUCUAAGAUAAUCUAAUUUAUCAAGGAGUUUGUGCUAAAUUAAAAUAAAAAAAAGAUAUAAUUUUAAGAAAUCUCUUAACAAAUUUAGAAUUGUUCUGAAUGCAUUUUUAAGAAAAUGGAUUUAGACAUUAAAAUAUUAGAAAAAAUGACUAAACAACUUAUUGACUAAGAAUACUUGACUUUUAAGUCAUAAAUUCACAUAAUCAAACAGUUUUACUCAAAGGAAAAAGAAAAUUACAUAUGUAUAUUAUUUUAGCAAUUAUAAUAGUAUAAGAAAUAUUAUAAUUAAAUAUUAUUCUUGAAGCAAUAAAAAAGAUGAUACCUCAAGAAAUUUAAGUGGAUGAUAAAAUGUUUUCAGAAUAUUAAGAUGUAAUUAAAAUGGUAGAGAUUAAACAAGUGAGUGAUGAUGUUAAACAGUAGAAUAUUCAAGAAGCUUAUAGAAUAUUAAAUAAAGGUGUUAGUUUAUUUUAAAAUUAAUAGGUUUAGCAUUACAUAAUUUACAGAAAUACUAAGAAGCGAUUGAGUGUUACGACCAAGCAAUUUUAAUUAAUCCUACUUAUUAUACUGCAUGGAACAACAAGGGUACGUAAUUUAAGAUACUACUAUUUAGGUUUUGCUUUACAUCACUUAUAGAAAUAUUAAGAAGCCAUUGAGUGUUAUGACAAAGCUAUCUUAAUUAAUCCUAAAAGUGAUGCUGGGUGGAAUAAUAAAGGUAACAAAUUUUAAAGACUAUUAUUAGGGUUUUCAUUAAAUAAUUUAAAGAAAUACAAAAAAGCUAUUGAGUGUUGCGACAAAGCCAUUUAAAUUAAUCCUUAAAAUAAUUCUGCAUGGAGUAACAAAGGUAAGUAAUAUUUAGAAUUAUUAAUUAGGGUUUGCAUUAGAUAAAUUAUAGAAAUAUUAAGAAGCGAUUGAGUGCUAUGAAAAAGUUAUCUAAAUUAAUCCUAAAUGUGAUGUAGCAUUAAGUGAUAAGGGUAAAUAAUUUAAACUACAAUUAUUUAGGUUUUGCAUUAUAUAAUUUACAGAAAUAUUAAGAAGCCAUUGAGUAAUGCGAAAAAGCCAUUUAAAUUAAUCCUUAAAAUAAUUCUGCAUGGAGUAACAAAGGUAAGUAAUAUUUAGAAUUAUUUAUUAGGGUUAGCAUUAGAUAAAUUAUAGAAAUAUUAAAAAGCGAUUGAGUGUUAUGAUUAAGCUAUCUCAAUUAAUCCAAAAUAUGAUGUCGCAUGGAAUAAUAAAGGUGAGGACUUUUAAAAUAUUAUAUUUUAGGUCUUGCAUUAAAUAAAUUACAAAAAUAUAAAGAAGCUAUUGGGUGUUACGAUAAAGCUAUCGCAUUGAAUCCUAAAAAUGAUACUACAUGGAUUAAUGCGGGUAAUUAAUUUUAGCUUUAGUUUUAGGUUAAGCUUUAUAUAAUUUACAGAAAUAAGAAGAAGCUAUUGGGUGUUAUGAUAAAGCUAUCCUAAUUAAUCCCAUAAAUUAUACUGCAUUAAAUAAUAAGGGUAAUAAAUUUUUAAGAAUUAUUAAAUAGGUUUUGCACUAGAUAAAUUACAGAAAUAUUAAGAAGCGAUUGAGUGCUAUGAUAAAGCUAUCUCAAUUAAUCCAAAAUAUGAUAUCGCAUGGAAUAAUAAAAGUAAUUUCUUUUUAAGGAUUGUUUUUUAGGUCUUGCAUUAAUUAAUUUACAAAAAUACUAGGAAGCUAUAGAGUGUUGUGACUAAGCUAUUUUAAUUCAUCCUUAAAAUAAUUCUGCAUGGAAUCAUAAGGGUAUAUAAUUUAAAAGGUUUUAUUCAUUAGGGCUUGCCUUAAAUAAAUUACAGCAAUACUAACUAGCAUUUGAAUCUUUUGACAAAGUUAUCUUAAUUAAUCCUAAAAAUGAUUCUGCAUGGAAUAACUAGGGUAAAUAAUUUUUUAAGCAUUACUGAUUAGGGCUUACAUUACAUAAUUUAUAGAAAUAUUAAAAAGCAAUUGAAUGCUACGAAAAAGUUAUCUAAAUUAAUCCUAAAUUUGAUUCUGUAUGGAAUAAUAAGGGUAAGUAAUGUUUAACCAAUUUUUUAGGUCUUGCAUUAUUUGAAUUACAAAAAUACAAAUAAGCAAUUGAGUGCUACGAGAAAGCUAUUUCCUUUUAUCCUAAACAUGAUUCAACUUGGGUUAAUAAGGGUAAUUUAUUUUAUACAGUAUUUUUUAGGCAAAGCCUUACAUAAAUUACAGAAAUACAAAGAAGCUAUAGAGUGUUACGAUAAGGCUAUUUAAAUUAAUCCAAAAUAAGAUAAGGCAUGGAUUAACAAGGGUAAAUUAUGGAAUAAUUUAGGCGUUGCAUUACAUAAUUAAAAGUAAUACAAAGAGGCUAUUUUAUGUUAUGAUGAAGCUUUUUCAAUUCAUUUCAACCCUAUAAAUUUAAGGUUUAAAGGUAUUCAAAUUCUUAAUAUAAAUUUAGCUGAUUCAUUAUUGGAAUUAGGGGAAAAAAAUUAAGCCAAGCAAUUUUAUAUGUCUGCAUUAGAAAAAGGAUUAAAUUAAGAAUAUAUAGAGAAAUAGUUAGCUAAGUUAUGA